AUGGGAUCGGGUAUCUCAUUCCAGAAAGAUCCAGAAGGGGAUCCCCCUACAGCAACGCUCGAAGAUUCGAGUCAGAAGAGCGGACUAUCAAAAGAGGGUGUGCAGGUACCUCGAUCUGUGAACGAGGUCGACAAUAGCACUUCCUCCCAUAGGGGAGGACCCCCCGGUGUCCAAUUCACAGGUCAGGCUGUGAUGACGGGUGGCAUUGUCGCUGGAGGAAAUUUAACUGUCACCAACAACCAUUACCACGGACCCGCGUCCAACAGCGCCACGAACCAAGGGAACACGCAGAAGACCGUCAACUUCCACGCCAUUCACCUGGAGAAUGUUGAGAAGCGGACGGAUGGAACCUUGGACUGGUUUACGGAAUCCGAGGACUAUCAGGCGUGGAAAUUUGGAGGAUGUCGUAUCGUAUGGGGAACGGGAAUUCCUGGCGCCGGGAAGACAGUCCUCGCCUCGAGAAUCAUUGAUGACCUUUGCCAAUUCAAAGCUACUUCGACGAAGAAGAUUUGCGUCGUGUUUGCUUACUGUCGAUAUUCGGAGCAGUUAACGGUCAAGGACAUCCUCGAAGCGCUUAUCAAGCAAUUUAUCGCCGCAGACCCCUCCCUCACAACGCUUGCCGAAUCCCUCUAUGAAAAGCACAGGAAACAAAAGACUAGACCGACGCAGCGAGAGUUGUUGGAUCUCGUGCGGCAGAUGGAAAGUAGAUUCGACAUCGUCUUUUAUGUUAUCGAUGGCCUGGAUGAAGCACGGGUCGAGACGCAGUUCGACCUCAUCCUGGCCAUCAAUGCCCUUCGAGGCCAGUUUGCUCUAACUUCGCGGCCGCUGCAGACACUGCAAUCGGGCCUACCGACCACCAAGUUUUACUCAGUCAAAGCGCACAAGUCCGACAUUGUCCGCCUCGUGGUACAAAAGAUCAAGCGCAACCCCGGUUUCUAUAGUCUCCUUCAGCGGCACUCAUACCUCGAUGAAUUGGUUCAAAGUAUAGCAGACAAAUCCAAUGGCAUGUUUCUUCACGCUGCGCUUCAAAUCGAAUUCGUUCAACAUUGCCGCACUAUCGUGAAACUGAAGGACGUGCUACAACGUUUCCCGGCGAAGAUCGAGGAUCUCUAUGUUGAAACCAUGAAGCGCAUCAACGAGCAGGAGCAGCCAACAGCAGAUCUCGCCAACCAUGUCCUUCUCUGGCUUGUUUUCGGACAAGGGGCGCUUACCUUCCCAGACCUGCAGCACGCACUCCGUCUCACGCUUCCGGACCACGACGGCGAAGUCCACAAGCACGAUCUUCUUUCCGUGUGCUGCGGCUUGGUCACUGUGGAAGAAAAUACCAAUCUGGUGCGCUUAGUUCACUACACGGCCCAUGAGUCGCUUCCGCCUGUCCUCAAGCGAUAUCUUCAAGAACCACAUGGCUUACUCUUCAAGGCCACAACACGAAGGCUCAUCGAGUGCGGAGUCGUAGCAAACCAGAAGGGGUUCAGCCGUUGGUACUACGUCCAGGAAGGGCUUGCCCGGGAACCGCUCCUCAAAUACUCCUAUGACCACUGGGCCUACCACGCACGAGAAAGCAUGGCGAAUCCCAUAUAUGCCGAUGCAGUCCGACAAUUUGUCUGCCAAUGCACGUCGUUUCCAUCUGUGUUCGACUCUGAGCUUGCAAUCCUCUCGCCUCUUCACGUUGCGGCCCGGUACGGUUUUCACGAAAUUCUCCACGCAGUGUUGAUGGAGACGGCGGAGGGCAAUGUGACAUUGAGGACGGGCGGGGACGUUGACUUGACCGCGUUGAUGCUGGCGUCAAGGCAUGGACACGCAGAGACGGUGGACGCACUCCUGGGCUAUUCCCGGCCAUCGAGACUGAAAACAGUGUUUGGUGGUCGUGGACGACCAAGGAUCCAUGUUCCGAAAGACCACGUAAACCUUCGCGACGACGAUGGGCGGACGGCACUCAUUCACGCAGCGAGUAACGGCCGCGAGGGCACAGUUGAACGGCUCCUCGCACACAAGGACACAAAGGUCAAUAUCGGCGACAGCGAUGGAUGGACGGCACUCAUUUACGCAGCGUGGAAGGGCAGCAAGCACACAGUUGAACGGCUUCUCGCACACAAAGACACAAAGGUCAAUAUCGCCGACGACGCAGGGCGGACGGCACUCAUUCACGCAGCGUGGCAGAGCCGCGAAGGCACGGUUGAGCGGCUUCUCGCACACAAAGACACAAAGGUCAAUAUCGGCGACAGAGAUGGAUGGACGGCACUCAUUUACGCAGCAGAGGGUGGCGGCGAGGGCACAGUCGCACGGCUUCUCGCCCACCAGCGCACUGAUGUCAAUAUCACAGAUGGCAAAGGGGAUACCGCUCUCAUUGUGGCCUCAAGACGCGGUUUUCCAGAGGUCGUCCGUCUACUUCUUCAAUACAACGGGAUCGACGUCAGUCGCAAAAACAAAAAGGGUCAUACGGCACUCAUGGUAGCCCAGGAGGAAAUGAGAGAUUCGUGGAAACGGGACCGAUACGCUGAAGUAGUCAAGCUGCUCACCGAGUUCGAGCAACGAUCGGCGAGCAGUUCAAAUACAUAG